AUGUGCUCUGGACUUCAGACUUACUUCUGGCCCUUGCUACUGGUGGGAGCCCUGCCAGCAAGGUCUUGCCCCGAGUUUGUCAUCAGUACAGCACAGCCCUGGGGAGAAGGGGAGCGGGCAGAUCUCCAGUGCCUCCCGCUGAACCCUCGCGGGCUUUGGGCUGCGCUGUGUGUGUUCGGAGAGCAGUCAGCGACCUCACGGCGGUUUAAUGAAGAGAGUCUUUCUCUGGGGGGCGAGUUCCGUUUAUUGCAAUCCAAUGGGGAAAACAAUGAUACGAAGGGAACCAGUUACAUAGGGGACUGUGAGAUUCAUAUGGACAUAUCGAAAUUUAAUCUUGGCGUGAAAGGUGUACAGUUGUAUGGGACAUUGUGGGUGAUCCUGGAACCUCUCCUAUCCGACACACCUUUUGUUGGAGCAGUGACCUUGUUUUUCAUGCAGAAACCACAUUUGGAAAUCAACUGGGCAGGCAUGAGCAACCUUCUGGAUGUCCCAGGGAUUAAUGUAGUGUCAGACUCACUAAUUCAAGACUUCAUUGCUGCACGGCUGGUUCUACCCAACAGGAUCACAGUGCCUCUAAAAAAGAACAUGAACAUUGCCCACUUGAGGUUCCCUGUCCCCCACGGAGUAAUAAGGGUUCAUCUGUUAGAAGCUGAAAACCUUGUCCAGAAAGACAAUUUCCUUGGUGCCAUCAGGGGAAAGUCUGACCCGUACUCUCUCCUCCGCGUUGGCACCGUGCAGUAUCAAAGCAAAACAGUCUCCCGAGAUCUUAAUCCCAUUUGGAAUGAGACAUUUGAGUUUGUUGUUCAUGAAGUGCCUGGUCAGGACUUAGAAGUGGAUUUGUACGAUGAAGAUCCAGAUAAAGAUGACUUUAUGGGCAGCUUGCUGAUAAGCCUAGUGGAUGUAAUGAAUGACAGAACUGUUGAUGAGGUAAAGAUCUCAGAUAAGAAGGGUCUGUCUACAGCAAUUCUGAUUGUCUACUUGGACAGUGCCUUCAACCUUCCUACCUGCAAUUUCAGCAAAGAUCCCACGUGGGAUAAAAGAAAGGAGCGGGACAGUGCCCUGGGAACUUCAGUGGUAUGUCUCUCCCACUUACUCAAGGACCCAAACAUGACUCUGGAUCAGAGAUUCCAGCUGGACCUUUCCAGUUCAGACAGCUUCAUUAAGAUGAAACUUGUAUUGCGGGCACUGAAUGUUGAAGAACCUGAUCCACAAAGAGUCAAGGCUGGUGUCAAUGCCUCCAAGCUAGGUCCCGUGCAUGUCACAGAGAAGGCUGGAAACCCGCAGAAGUUUUCCUCUCCACAAGUCUCAAAAGUACCUCCCAUGAGCAAAGACUCUGCAACACUUGAAUCUCUGCCAAAAAAGGACAGUGGAGAAGAUAUGUACACUAAAGACAGUUCAGGAGCCCCUGUACCAAGUGAAACUGUGUCUGGCCUUGAUGAAGCAGAGGGCAAGCAAAAUGCAGAGCAUGGCACACCAUCAGCAUUGCCCAGUGGAGCAGUGGCCAUGCCCACACUGCCUGUCCUGCAGGAAAUGAGGGUGGCACCCAGUGUCACUUCACUGGGGUCCCUGCAUUCUUCCUGCUUUGAAUUAAGUAGCAGCAAUCUGGACAUUCAUAACGGGACUGAGAUGCCUCUGGGGGAGAUCCAGCUGACUGUGCAUUACGCUUCCAUCCCGCAGAGCCUGUCGGGCUGGUCAACGGCUGCAGGUAAUGCUCGUGAUGGCUCACAGAGGAAAGAGCUCUCUGAGCUCUGCCAGUCACCCAGCAAAGCUGGACCAGAGCCACGUGCAGCAGGAGAUGCCUUAGCGCUGGCUGGCUUCCAACUGUGCAGCCUCUCUGUGCCCAGCUCCAGUCAGGGAGAGAACCCAGCGAGUUGUGUUCACUGCAGCAGAGAUGCUUCAACUGUCAUCCACCCAAAAUUUCUUCUGGACACCACUGACAACUGGUGUGUGUCUUGGGGUGUUAGGAUAGGCAUCAUGACAAGGAUUGAUACCUAUGACUGAAUACAUAAUUGUUACUUUAGGAACCCCAGUAAGUGGCUACACCGUCAGGAGUAAAGAUUUUAACUAAACAAUCCUAAAGUUUUAUUUGCUCAUGUUCCAGCUCCUGGGAUGAAUAUUUUUGGCCUGUGCAGGGUUGGUCUGAUACCAAGAGAGAGAAGUUAUUAAAACACACAGUGAGAGAACCUGCCU